CAGCUGUUUCGCUUGGCGCCCGAGCCAAUCAGCGGCCGCGCCAGGAAAAUCUGCCCGUCUCCAGCGCGCGGCUUCACUUUUGGUCCGCUUCGGUGAUUCUGGUGAUUCCUCGCUCUUGUGUCCUCCACCACAACUCACUCCCACAUCCUUCACCAUGGCCAGGAACGCUUUGCAAAAGGACCAAUUCGUCAAGCUCAUCGUCGGCGCUGGCCAGGCCAGUCCCAGCCCUCCUGUCGGUCCGGCACUGGGUAGCAAGGGUGUUAAGAGUAUGGACUUUUGCAAGGAGUUCAAUGCCCGCACUGCCCACAUCAACGUCGGUGUCCCCAUCCCCGCGCGCGUCACCGUCCGUCCCGACCGCUCCUUUUUCUUCGACCUCCGCACGCCGACAACCACCUACCUCCUCCUGAACGCGGCCAAUGUCGAGCCUCGUAAGAACCGUCUGCGCGGAGCCAUGAAACCCGGCCACGAGAUCUGCGGUAAGAUCUCGCUCAAGCACGUCUACGAAAUUGCCAAGAUCAAGCACAGCGAGACGCGGCUAUCGGGAUUGAGUCUGCAGGGAUUGUGCAAGAGUGUCAUGGCGCAAGCCAAGUCGAUUGGCAUCCAAGUCAUUCCUUGAGAGGUUUUUACGCGAUGGGCGCAGCGUUAAGUUUUCUUCCCUUUUCUUGUAUCACUACGAUCGCAUUCAGCGCCGGUGGUUGCGAGUCGACCGGUCGCUGGCCACUUGUCAGUUGGGUAUACCUUGGCAGAGACCAGAGACCGCUGCAUUAGCCGGCUGAUCUUUUGUGCGAUAUAUUUCCCAUCUCCGUUUUGAGGGUUUUCAAAAGGCGUUUAUCCCGAGGAGAGGCGAGAUUGGGGCGCCUCUUCUUACUUGUAUCAUACACACACACUUC